UAAUUAAAGUUUCUUUGGCACAUUUUUUUAGUUAGCGUUUGUUCGUACAAGUGGCAAAUUCUUCUAAUUAACGUAAAUCAAUAUGGUCUAUAUAGUUAAAAACAAAACUGAUUUCGAUCAACAACUUGAAGAUGCUGGCGACAAAUUGGUUGUUGUCGAUUUCUUCGCCGUCUGGUGUGGCCCAUGUAAAAUGAUUUCACCUAAAUUGGAAGAAUUGGCCAAGGAACAUUCGGAAAAGGUUGUGGUUAUUAAGGUUGAUGUCGAUGAAUGCGAAGAAAUUGCUAUGGAGUACAAUGUUUCCAGCAUGCCAACCUUCCUUUUCAUCAAGAACAAACAAGUUAAGGAGCAAUUUGCUGGUGCAAAUGCUGAAAAAUUGGCAUCUUACAUAGAGAGAUUGGCAUAAAAUGUUAUUACACAAAA